AUGCGCGAGGCCGCGGAACGCCGGCAGCAGCUGGAGCUGGAGCAUGAGCAGGCCCUGGCCGUUCUCCACGCCAAACAGCAGGAGAUCGACCUGCUGCAGAAGGCUCAGGUUGAAGCUAAGAAGAAGCACGAAGGCGCCGUGCAGCUGCUAGAGAGCAAGGUUCGGGAGCUGGAGGAGAAAUGCCGGACGCAGAGUGAGCAGUUCAGCCUGCUGUCGCAGGACCUGGAGAGGCUCCGGCAGCACGCCGGGAAGAUCGACUUGCUGGGAGUCAGCCCUGGCGUCUCCGUAGACAUCCCCGCGCCCGGCAAGCCUUUCCCGCAAUUCAUGAACGGACUCAGCCCCUCCAUCGGCAAAGGUCAGGAGAGCACCGUCGGAAGCCGCGCUGUGACCGGGGACUAUAUCCGGCCCCUCCCGCUCCCUGGUGACAAGCCGGAGCCUCUGCCCAUCAAGCCCACCUUUCUGUCGAGAUCCGCUAGCCCAAGAUGCAGAUUUGAAUCAGACAUGGAUAAUGAACGCAGUUCCAGUACCUCCAAGCAGCAGAGGCACUCGGGGAAAGUCCACCUGUGUGUCGCCCGCUACAGUUACAACCCCUUCGAUGGGCCGAAUGAGAACCCGGAAGCUGAGCUGCCCCUCACGGCGGGGAAGUACCUCUACGUGUACGGGGACAUGGACGAAGACGGCUUCUAUGAAGGCGAGCUCCUGGACGGGCAGAGGGGCUUGGUGCCCUCCAACUUUGUGGAUUUUGUCCAGGACAACGAGUCGCGGCCGGCAAGCACGCUGGGGAACGAGCAGGACCAGAAUCUCAUCAACCGUUCGGGCAUCGGCUCGGAGGGGGAGAACAUUCUGGACCUGCACGCCCCCACCCCCAUCGACGCCGGCGUCGCGGACGGCGGUGCGGAGACGCUGGGCGUGAGCGUCGACGACGUCGGAGAAGACAUCGUGCCUUACCCUAGGAAAAUCACCCUCAUCAAACAACUCGCCAGAAGUGUCAUUGUGGCCUGGGAGCCGCCGGCAGUGCCGCCGGGCUGGGGGACCGUGAGCAGCUACAGCGUGCUCGUGGACCAGGAGCCGCGCGUGAGCCUCACGCUGGGGAGCAGGACCAAGGCCCUCAUCGAGAAGCUCGACACGGCAGCCUGCACCUACCGCAUCUCCGUGCAGUGCGCCACCAGCAGGGGCCACUCGGACGAGCUGCGCUGCACGCUGCUGGUGGGCAAGGACGUGGCGGUGGCCCCCUCCCAGCUGAGGGUGGACAACAUCACCCAGAUCUCGGCCCAGCUCUCCUGGCUGCCCGCCAACAGCAACUACAGCCACGUCAUCUUCCUCAACGAGGAGGAGCUCGACGUGGUCCGGGCCGCGAGCUACACGUACCAGUUCUUCAACCUCAGGCCCAACGUGGCCUACAAGGUGAAGGUCCUGGCCAGGCCCCACCAGAUGCCGUGGCAGCUGCCCCUGGAGCAGCGGGAAAAGAAGGAGGCCUUCGUGGAGUUCUCCACGUUGCCGGCAGGCCCUCCGGCGCCCCCCCAAGAUGUCACCGUCCACGCUGGGCCCACCCCAGCAACCGUCCAGGUCUCCUGGAAGCCACCCGCCCUGACGACUGCCGGGCUGUCCAACGGGGCGAACGUGACCGGCUACGGCGUGUACGCAAAAGGGCAGAGGGUGGCUGAGGUCAUCUCCCCCGUGGCGGACAGCGCGGCCGUGGAGCUGGUGCGGCUGCGGAGCCUGGAAGCCAAGGCCGUGACCGUGCGGACCCUCUCUGCACAGGGCGAGUCCGUGGACUCUGCCUUCGCUGCCAUUCCCCCCGACCUCCUGGUGCCUCCAACCCCCCACCCGAGAACUGCUCCCACACCGAAGCCAUUAGCAAGUGCCGGAGCCCCUGAUACCAAAGAGGAACACCCGGGUCCCCACAUCAUGGUGGACGAGGCCUGGGAGCAGAGCCGGGCACCGGCCCCCGCCCAUGGGCACAUGCUGGAGCCACCCAGCAUGCAGGGCUCGGGCCCGGGGCGGCGGUCGCCCUCGCCCAGCCGGAUCCUGCCGCAGCCGCAGGGCACCCCGGUCUCCACCUCCGUCGCCAAGGCCAUGGCCCGGGAAGCUGCACAGAGAGUGGCCGAGAGCAGCCGGUUAGAGAAAAGGAGCACCUUCCUGGAGAGGGGUGGCAGUCUGUAUGUAAACUCAGACGAGGAGGACGGCUACGGCUCCCCGGACGUCAAGAGGAGGGGCGCCUCGGUGGACGACUUCCUGAGAGGCUCGGAGCUUGGCAAGCAGCCGCACUGCUGCCACGGAGACGAGUACCACACGGAGAGUAGCCGGGGCUCCGACCUGUCCGACAUCAUGGAGGAGGACGAGGAGGAGCUCUGCUCCGAGACGCAGCUGGAGGACGGGGGCAGGAGGCGGCCUGGCGGCACAUCCCACAACGCCCUCAAGAUUUUAGGAAACCCGGUGUCUGCAGGACGGGCCGACAGGGCGGAUCACGCGGGCCGGAGGUUCCCCCACGGCAGUGCUGGCCCUCAGAGGUCGCGGCCAGUGAUGGUCCCAUCCAUCGCAGAGGGAAACAGGGAGCCCUUGAGCCCUAAGUUUUCGGAGCAAUGUCGUCCAAACCCUGGGGCAGAAACUCGGGGGCUGAGGGCAGGAGCGCGGCUUUGCAGGGCGUGCGUGGGUGACCGCGGUCUCGCUCGUUCGAGCGUGUUCUGACGACGUGCCGGCAGGGCUGAGGCGCUUGUGAACCCACAGUCCUGCCGCCUCGGCCUUUCACACCGGCUCCAGGUGUAUGGGGACAAAGACGCCGAUGGCUUUUACCGGGGGGAGACCUGUGCCCGGCUCGGCCUUAUUCCCUGCAACAUGGUCUCGGAGAUCCAAGCCGACGACGAGGAUAUGAUGGACCAACUUCUGAGGCAAGGGUUCCUUCCUCUGAACACGCCUGUGGACAAAAUAGAGAGAAGCCGAAGAGGCGGCCGGCACCCGGGGGCGACUCGGAGGGUGGUGGCCCUGUAUGACUACGACCCCAGGGAAAGCUCACCGAACAUCGAUGUCGAGGGGGAACUUAAUGGGCAGAAAGGCCUUGUCCCUUCCAACUUCCUGGAGGAAGUGCCUGACGACGUGGAGGUCUACCUUUCCGACGCGCCCUGUCACUACUCCCGAGACGCACCGCCGCGCUCCAAGGCCAAACGGAAGAAGAGUGUUCAUUUCACACCCUAA